CCCAAAGCCUCUAGACCUCACAGCGCUCCUGACAAACAUCUGACCUCCAGCUCAGAUUGUCUGCUUUACUGCCUCAAGACUUCUUCUGUCAUCUCAACUGAGAGGAGAAACCAACAAUGUCUGGCAUGAUUCCAGCACUUCUCCUCCUGGCCGCCAUUGCGUGCUUCACACAAGCUCAGUUCAACGAGGCUGGACAGCAGUGCCUUUGUCAGCGUGUCAGGAAGGGCAUCAUGGGAAAGAAUGAAAUAAAAGACAUCCAGAUCUACCAGGCAACUGCUUUCUGCAGAAAAGUUGAGAUUGUAGUGACCUACAAAAACGGCCUUCGCGUUUGCCUGGACCCGGAGCUGAAAAUUAUGAAGAGGGCCAUGGCUGCCUUCAUGAAGAAGCAGAAUAAUGUCAAAGCCAAGCCCACAAACUCCUCUUCCACUCCCGGCAGCACCCUGACAACUUCCAACUGAAUCUAUUUCUCCACUCUUUUCACCAAACUAGGACUUUUUGUGACCACUGAUCCC